CUUGGCGGCGGGCACAGACUGCGUUUUUGAGGGCAACCAAUAUGAACGCCGUGGAAGAAGAUGCGUUGCUGCAGUUCCUCAUUGAUUCCGGUCCGAUGGACGUAGAUCCAUCGCCGACCGAGAUCUAUAUCGACCUGGAAGGGCUCUUGGAUGACGAUACCCCGCAGCUUGACGACGACGACGACGUGACCGAGAACUCGGCGACUGAUGACGCGUCGUCCGUGGACUUGAACGAGCGCAAAUCGUCGUUUGUGCCCCAGGAACUCAAGCGCAAGCUGCAGUUGGCGAAAGCGUCCAAGAAACAUCGCACGCGGCAAAAGGACGAGCUGAACUUGCUUCGAGACGUCGUCACGCGCAUGGAGUCGCAGUUGGACAUGCUGAAGAAGGUCAAGGCUGUGGAGGGGGAGCACGGAUCCCAAUGGGAGCAACUGGCGCGAUCCCAGUUUCUCGAACGCCAACGCGCGAACCAAGAGAACGCCAAACUCAAACGCGCCCUCGAAGACCAGAUCAAAUUCGCCCAGGCGCUGGAGACCCUCGUGCGCAAGAAGCCCAAGCUCACGUCGUCCGCCGAGUUUGAGAACGAAGAGUGGAAGCUCAGCAAGCUGGGGCUGACCAAGGAAAGCCGCGAGCACUCGAUCCGGUGCAUGAUGGAACGUCAUUACGACGCGCUCAACGGCGUGCUGGUCCGCAGCGCCCUCUACGAUGCCACGCACGAAGUCAAGCACGUCAAGAUGAGCUACCAGAACCAGCACUCGAACGCCAUGAGCUUUGACAUGGCUCGCGCCGUCAAGAUGCCGUUCCCAUAUCAAGUGUACGCCGAAGCUUCCUGGCGCUUCCUCGCGUCUGUCGACAAUGACAACACCCCCGACACCGAAGCAGUAGAGGUGGUGGACGCCAACACGCGAUACAUUUCACGCAAGGUGUGCAAAACCGGGGAAGCAGGAUGCCCGUUCUUUGGCAAGAGCCGAGCCACGAUCGUGUGUUCGCCGCUGUGUCGGCGGUACAUUGAGCCGUCCCGCGUCGUGAUUCUGUGGAAGAGUAUCCUCGAGGACGAGCUACACCCUCGGGACCCGACGCAUUUGGUGUCCAACCAAAAUGGAUGGUAUUGAUGACAUGCUUUGUACUGAAGUUUGUAUGUAAAAAGAGUGUCGUGUAACGAAUUGAAGUCACAUACAUGAAUUAUUCGAAAAUUGAUGAGGGUUUUCUGCAAUCUGAUUGGCUAAUAAAUCCUUGUGCUCUCCAAACUUUUGAGCCGAAUCAUUGCCAAAUUAUGUAUCGAGAUUAUUUGUACUGAAGUUUGUAUGUAAAAAGAGUGUCAUGUAACGAAUUCAAGUCACUAAUUAAAAUUGUUGAGGGUUUCCUGCAAUCCGAUUGGCUAAUAAAUCCUUGUGCUCUCGUGAAUGUUUUUGUGUCGAUUGAUUUGGUUCGUAUCGAUUUGAUUCCAUUCUCGAAGUCGCGCCAGUUUUAGAAUAUAUAUAACCAUACGAAAUCUGACUAUUUGGUCGCGACGAUGCAAUGCUGCGUAGGAUGGUGAUUGAAGCAGACGGAGACAACGCGUGCCAUGUCAAGUCUUAUGUGGAGCGGCUGGCGCCGAUGCGCGCGGGCAAAGUGGUCGCCCUGGACGAAAUGAUGAAGUCAUUGCACAUUCCUUCGUGUUAUGACGACAGCGCACGGGUCCAGGUAGACGACAAGGCGGCAUCGACGGACGUGGGCGUCAUGUCCGAGUACUUUAUGCGGUCGUUCAUUGGCAUGGCCCAGUGCAACGAGUUCAAAACGAUGGAGUUGGCGACAAAGUUGCUCAAAGCAACGCACCAGUCAUCCAUGCCUGCACCCGCCGUGUAAGUGAAAAUGACUCUGUAACGUCGGGAGAAGAUGGGAUCGAUCAUAUCAAGAAGGGUGCUUCUUGGGUGUAUAUAUAAUAUACGAGGCGAUAUGAUGAUGUGGAUUCGAUCCCUUUUGCCACC